AAACUUUUUUUCUUGUAGAAAAUUAUUUUUAAAGUUCUUGGUUGUUAAUUAUAAUGUAAUCUAAAAAAAAGACAAGUGAGGCUUGCUCAGAUCUCCACACAUGAUUAUUAGGUUCUCGGUUCGAGUCACACUAGAGUAAAAGCAUGAAAAUACUAUAGAUCCUCCUAAAUUGGGAGAGAAAAGAAAACCCCCAAAAAAGAAACCAACAAGGGUUGUGCUGGAGUGUUAAGUACUCCAUCAUCCAUAAUCAGAGGUCUCGGUUCGACCCUGAGUAUGGAGCCAUCUUUGUUAGGUAGCAUUUAGGCAGGCCCCAACCAAAAUAGCAGACUAACAGUCAACCAAAAUUUACAAAAUCAUAGGGAAAUCACAACGGAAACCAAACCUCACUAGGAUAACUUUUCAUUGAGAAAGAAAUUCGAGGAAGAAAAGAAAAUGGCACAAUGUCAAUGGCAACCAAAUUUUCACAGUAUUUGUAUCAAGAAAGAUCUUUCUUGGAAAUGCCGACCAUCUAACAGAGUUUCCAUUAACAGAAUCAGAGGAGUAGAAUGUUGCAGUAAUUCAUCAUUUCCAGUGUCAUCAACAACAAGGGAAGAAGAAGUGGGAUUGAAGCUUGAGGUUGGAAAUGUUGGAAAACAAAGAGGAGAAUAUGAGGUUGACUGUUUUGUGAAUGAGAAUGGAUGGUUAGUGAGAAGAAUGAUUGAGACUGAAGAAGAGAUGAAGAAAGUUGCUGGAGUUCAAGCUGAAGCCUUUCAUGAACCUGUUCUCAUCUUCAAUGAUAUUUUCUUUGAAUUCUUUCAGGCUGAAGUACUUUCUGGACUUCUUUACAGACUAAGGAAUUCACCACCUGACAGGUAUGCAUGUUUAGUUGCGGAGCCCUCAAGUGACAAUCCUCAAGACAUUGUUGGGGUCGUCGAUGCUACAGCGUUUAGAGAUAACGAUGUUCUUCAGUACCUUCCUGGAGCAGCAGAAUAUCUCUAUAUUUCUGGGAUAGCUGUAUUGAACAAAUUCAGGAGGCAGAAAGUUGCAACUGCUUUACUUAAGGCUUGUGAUGUGCUUGCAAGAUUUUGGGGUUUCGAUUAUCUCGCCCUAAGGGCAUAUGAGGAUGAUUUUGGUGCGCGACGAUUGUAUACAAACGCGGGGUACAGGUUAGUUUCAAGUGAUCCGCCAUGGACAACUACGUGGAUUGGUCGAAGAAGGCGAGUUCUUAUGGUUAAACAGGUCUUACAUGAAUCAACUACUAACAUUCAUUGAAACUAAGACUUUGCUUCAAGUGUUUUGACAGUCACUCAAAGUAACUAUGAAUUGAAAAUAUAGAAUUCUGUAAAUACAAUGUAGUUGUAUAAAACUAUUUUGAUUGAUCUUCAGGAAAGAGUACUGUUUUCUGAAUCUUGUCAAUA